AUAGGGUGUGCAAACAAAAUAUUAAGCAAGUACUUGCUGAGGAAAAUAGAUCUUAUCCAAGAUGUUAGUUAUUAAGGAAUAUUUUUAGAAAAUACUCGGAAAUAGUCGGAGUUUGAUUGAGCCGGUGCGAUUUAAUGGGAUUGUGGCACUCUGGUUUGGCAGUUUCAUAACCCCUUGGGCGUACCCCCGGCCCUGUGGAGGAAGUGCGCUGUUGUUCGGAAGCAGCUGACCAGGAAACCAGAGCUGAUAAGUUGUCAGUUCAGCGUGGGCUUUGCACAGGGAGGACGGGGAUGGUAGUGCUUAGGCAACCUAACUUCAAAUCUCUAGUUUUAUAAUUGGAAGUUGUUUCAGCCUAAUCUCUCGAAAGCUGCAGAGACAAAGCGUGAAUCUCCGUUUAAAUUCUGAAUUGGGUGUGUUCCCCUUAUUAUAAACUGUAUCGCGAAGGAUUGUAUAGGUUGACUCGGCAAGUGCUCGUUCUGUGCCUGCGGAUACCGGGUCCCGACUUCUCGCUGUAUUCUGUGCGGCUUGGUCUCUGACUCUAUCCCCACGAUGCGAACAGCUUUACUUGGUUAGCCUGCUGGAUGCAAUUUAUCUGUUAACUCCUUCGAACGACUUGACCUCCAAACCUACCAUAAGUAGUAAUCUCUCGUCUGAAUUUUACGUGGUAUAUGCGCUCAUUUUAGCGGGUGGAUUUCGAAAUUGAUUGCAGCUAGUUUUAAUUGUAUAUACACGUCCAGAUGACUCUGGACACUAUCUUGAGUGAAGGGAAAGCGGAGACUGGGAACUGGUGUUCUUGCUAUGGCGUGAAGAUGACCCCCUACUUCUCUGAAAAUGCGGUUAUUUCACAGAAUGAAAUCAACUUUCUCAUAAGCGAGAGCUUCCUGACUGUAAAGGGUGCUGCUUUAUUCCUGCCUCGAGGAAAUGGCUCAACUGCAUCUAGAGUCAAUCAUCGGCGCAAUAAACAUGCUGGUGACCUCCAACAGCACCUACAAGCAAUGUUCACUCUUCUUAGACCUGAAGACAAUAUUCGACUGGCUGUACGAUUGGAAAGUGCAUACAUAGAUCUGACCAGAUACAUGGUGGUGGUUUCUACCAAUGGCAGACAAGAUACAGAAGAAAGUAUUGUUUUAGGAAUGGAUUUCUUCAAAGAUAGCAGUACUUGCACGAUGGGCCUAGUUCUUCCAUUAUGGAGUGACACGCUGAUACAUUUGGAUGGAGAUGGUGGGUUCAGUGUGUCAACAGUGAACAGAAUUCACAUCUUCAAGCCUGUGUCUGUACAAGCAAUGUGGUCUGCUCUACAAAGUUUACACAAAGCCUGUGAGAUUGCCAGGACGCACAAUUACUACCCUGGAAGUCUGUACCUGACAUGGAUUAGUUAUUACGAGAGUCGCAUCAACUCCAACCAGUCUUUCAUUAAUGAGUGGAAUGCAAUGCAGGAUCUGCAGUCUCAUCGCUCUGAUUCACCUGUGCUCUUUACUGAUGUACCAACGGAGCGAGAACUUACUGAAAGACUAAUCAAGACUAAACUGCGAGAAAUUAUGAUGCAACAAGACCUGGAAAAUGUCACAUCAAAAGAAAUUCGCACAGAAUUGGAAAUGCAGAUGGUCUGUAACUUGAGAGAAUUUAAAGAAUAUAUUGAUAAUGAGAUGAUUGUAAUCUUGAGGCAAAUGGAUAACCCAACGGAGAUAUUUGAACACGUCUAUCUGGGCUCAGAAUGGAAUGCUUCCAAUUUAGAAGAUUUGCAGAACAGAGGGAUUCGAUACAUUUUAAACAUCACCCGUGAAAUUGACAACUUUUUCCCUGGAAUAUUUGAAUAUCACAAUAUAAGAGUAUAUGAUGAGGAGGCUACCGAUCUACUUGCGUAUUGGAAUGAUACAUAUAAAUUCAUUUCCAAAGCAAAGAAAAAUGGUUCCAAAUGUCUUGUCCACUGUAAGAUGGGUAUCAGCAGAUCUGCAUCCACUGUAAUUGCAUAUGCAAUGAAAGAAUAUGGCUGGAAUUUGGAGGAAGCUUACAAUUAUGUGAAGGAGAAACGCACAGUUACUAAACCGAAUGUUGGUUUCAUGAGACAACUGGAAGAGUACCAGGGCAUUUUGCUGGCUAGCAAACAGAGGCACAAUAAACUGUGGCGGUCACACUCUGACAGCGACCUUUCUGACCACCGUGACCGUAUUAAUAAAUCUACUGUUGACUUAAACAGAAGGGACAGCACCUCGACUACAGAAAUGCCAACUGAUCCACUUGCUGAACAUUUAUAUAACCACCAAUAUUUAAACACCUCUGAUACAAUUUUACCUGGAGUUAAUGAGGAAAUAAUUGAAUUAAGUUUUGGUAUUGAUGCAGAAAAUGAAAUACCUAUAAACUGUAACCUGGAUCCCUUGCAGAGUAACAUUUCUUCAGCAUCCAUGCCAAUGGUAGUAACCACCAAUGACACCACUAAAAGUUGUGCAAACAUCACCGCUGAUACACGUUCUCUUCAACAUUGUCACGCUGAUAAACCAGCCUUGACACAUCAGGAACUUUCUUCUUCCCCUGAAUGUCCUGUGCUAUUGACUGCUUUAGAUGGUGAAUUAAAAGAUGUUCAUUUAAACUCAAACUGCAUUUUAUCACCAUUACUUGAAACUAGACCUCCACUGCAAGAUCACGUAGCUUCAUCAGAACUAGUUCCUUCAGCCUCAGCAUCCAAUGUAGAUGCUGGAAUGUGUGGCCGCAAUGCAGAUCGAAUUGACUUCUUCAGUGCCAGAGAAAAAUUUAUUGAGCUUUCACAGGAGGGUGGGACUCGAGUCCAAUCACAUUCAAAAGCUGAAGAGCUUGGAGGAGGAAAAUACUGUGCCACAAAAACACCUGCUCCAGAGAGCCUUGACAAAGAGCAGCAAAUUGAGAAUAUUCUGGGACAGAUGUCAGUCGAUAACUUUCCCCAUGCAAGAGAGAAGAGCACAGAUAUUGAUGGAAAAUCUAAUGAGGAGAAUCCGGUAUCAACAUUCAGUAAGAAGCCUUCCUUAACCAGGUCUCAGUCGUUAAAUGUUAUUUCUGUGAAAGAAAUAGUGACAGAAAUAGAGUCCAACCAGAAUACAGGCUUGUGCCAAACAAAGGCAGAGAGUGUCAUCAGUAGCCAUAUCCAAAUGCCAAAGAGGAAUACAGUUCAUGAACUCUCAGCAGAUUUCCAAUGGCCUUCUGAAAAUGACAGUUCUGUAAACGAAAUGUGUACAAAUGACUCUUUAGUUGCUGAAAAUAAUGACAAUGAAGUUAAACAAAAUGGAUGUCAUCAGGUAAAUGUAUCAGUCAAGAGUCAUGAGGAUUACCAGGUAGCACCCUUCGAAGAACCUGUGCAGGAUGAAAUACUAGGUCACAAACAGGUGGCAAAAUGGUGUCCUGGCUCAGUAAAACGUGCAACCAAGGAGCUUGAAGAACGAUUAAAGCAAGAACAGGAAUAUCAAUCAUCUGUGACAACAGCAUUACCUGCCCGUAAAAACUCGAAGAUUGAUGGAACCACAGCUAAUGAUUUUUUGGUUAUGAACAGGAGUGUAGACAUCUCUUCUGGAGUGUGCUUAUUGAAAGAUAAAGAGAAAGGAAGAAUUACUGAAGAUGAAUGUUUGUUACUCAAGUGUAAUGAACCUCUGAAUCAAGAGUCAGCCCCAGAGAUUAACUUAAAUGAGAUGGAGAACCUGGUACAAUCACAAGUAGAACAGGAGCAAGCUGAAUGUGGAUCUUUGAACACUGUGGAGCAUAGGAUAAUUCAUACUUUUGAAACUUCUGAGGAUUUGGAUUCUUACGCCCAACUUCCUAAGAAAAUUGAGAUAAUUGAGUAUACCCGUAUAUUAAAAUCGCCAAACUUGCAAGUAGGCAUUAGUGAUAUAGGAGAAGAAAAGAUGACCAUUUCAGAUGAAUUAACAGUGAAGGAAAAUGAAGUUGCCAUACUUCCUGCCAUUGAAGAUGAAACUCCAGUGAAGGGAACUGAAGCCAUCAGACAGUCUGCAAACAAUCUAAAAAUGUCAGAAGUUCAUACAAGUGAUACUUUGCGACACCCACAUCUUUUGCCAUUAUUGGGUGCUGAAAGUUUAUCCCAGAAGCAACAUACAGAAGGCUUGACUGUCCAGUUUGAUAGACCCUCGGGAGAGGUUAAUAACACCCCAUUAGAAUGUGAAAUUGCUUUAGUUGAUAGUGAUAGUGCUCAUUUGCCAUUACAAGAAUAUCAAAUACCCGUCCUACACCUGGAAGGUGUCACAGUGUCAAGUACAGAUACUGAUACUGAAAUUCAUGAGAAAGAAACUGUCCAUUUAGAGAUACAAGAGGUCAACCAAGAAAUGACCUGCUUGCAAAGAACAGAUGGCUGCAUCACAUUACUUACCCAUCAGGAUUUAGAAUUAAGUUUCAACAGAUUUGAUGAAAGCAUCAGGGACAUGGAAAAGAUGUUAAAUUUCUCGAAUCUUGAUCACAAUCCUCAGCAUAGCUCCAGCAAUGGCAGUCUAAAUCAUCUAAAUAGUACCCUGGGAGUUGGUAAUUGGCAGGGGGAGGAAAUUGAAGCUAAGAUAAGACGAGCAGGCCUCACAACUCCAUCACAGAUGAAACGUUCUGCAUCUAUUGCUAAGCUAGGUUACCUAGAACUUUCAAGGGAUGAUUUAUUUAAGAGCUUGGAUCCAACCAAGGCAUGCCAAGCACUUUCUGAUUCUGGCCAGAACACACCAUGCAGUGUGGAAAGGACAGGUGAGAUCAGAGCUGGAGGUGCUGUGGAAGACGAGCCCAGCAAAAAAAAGUGUGUAUCAAUUUCUAUUCUCCAAGACCCUCAGCCUACAGAAGAACUUGAAACAUCAGAGAGUAUUGUACAAACCAAACCUGUAGAGGAGCCUCUAAUACAUCAUGCCAAAGACAGUGCAUCAGCCCAACACAGUUCAGUGGUGAGUGCAAAGCAGAGUCUUUCACACAUAGAGCCUUCUGACACAGAUGCACCUUAUCCCACCCUACUGACAGCUAUAGCACCUCAACAACACCAUGGAAUUCAUCCAUUAAAGCAAGUGCAAGCAACUAGUGAGGAAAAGCAGACAACUUAUCCUUUAUAAUUACCAGAUGUAACUUAGUUGGUUUCUGGACAAGAGGCGGAUGUGUUUUCAAAGGAACAUGCACUUUACGAUUUGUUUUCUAUAUGUUAAACGCUUGUUUUAUUUUGUUGAUGACUGCAUGUGAACUUUGGGCUUUCUGUAGUUGGUUUUGAAUUUUUAAAAAAAUUAUGUAACUGAAUCCUUUAACCAUGAGAUCCCAUUUAAAAGAGCACACCAACUAACACAGAACAAGCUUGAAAUUAAGAAAACCUUUCUGCUGUUUAACAUGCCUCUAAAUUGAAAUCAGGGAAAAGCUGCUCUUUGCGAUAAAUUUCAUUUUGUACAAAUUUAAUGUCACUUUUAUACCUAGCAUUUCUUGCCAUUUUUAAUGUAUUUAGUCUGAAUUCCCUCUCUCCCAUUAAGAAAAAAGUGUGUAAUCUUAUGAACAUGAUCAUCGAGCCCUUGAAGGUUAUGAAAUAAUGGAGUGCAGCAGGCCAUGCACACUAAAUAUCCAGAAGCUUGCUUAGAUUACCGAUCCAUUCACUCUGCAGGUCUACACAGAGACUGUUGGAUGUGUUUAUUUUAAUCUUCUCAACGUGCUGAAAAUGAUUCAAUUUCAAUCAAGAUGAAAUUGGUUUACAUAUUUUCUUAGUUUGCAUGUUCCUUUCAGAUGGUCUACAUUCAGGGUUAAUGUGAAUUAUUACUUGAACACUGCAGUGAGCAUUUCAUAAACCCUUCCAUAUCAGCUCAGAGAGCAAUCCUUGUUGUAGGACUUAAAUUCAUCUUAACCAUAAUAGGGAAUUCCUUUUCAAUGAAAUUUACCCUUUAAAGGCACAAACAUUUUUUAUUAGUUUUGUAAAUUGCUGAUAUGGUUUUUUUUUGUAUUUUGUUAAAAGCUGUUGAUCUAAAUUCACCAUCUUUGUUCGUGCUUUAUAAAGUUCACACUUCCCUGCCCAAUAGCAUCUCCAUUCUGCCUGGGAGUACAGUUUGAUAAGGACUAGGAUUCUUGCUUUAAACUGGAAUUAAUUUAAUUGCAAAGUGCUCUCUACUUCAAUUUGGUAACAGUGGCAAGAGCAUUAGAGUCUUCCUUGUAUCAACAGGCAUUUGUACUAUUAAAACUAAUAUUGCUGCACAUCUGAUUGUACUGUGAUACACAAGCUUCAAGUUGUACUGGAAAUAUUAGGAAAAUAAGCUGAGGAUUUCAGUAGUCUUGUAAUGAUUCUCCUUCCCAAGUACUGUUUCCUGCAUUCUCAUCUAAAUCUACUAAUAUUAAUGUAUCAUAUCUAGAGUGUGCAAUUUUUCUUGAUGUAGUAAAAGCUGUAAGGACUUUUUAUAUUCUGUAUGUUAGAAUGAAUGACUGAUUUUAAAGCAUUAAUAACUGAACUUAAACAGUUACAUUUAUUGGAGUUGUUAAAAAAAAAUGCUCUGGGUGAUCUCGAAAUAAGUAUCCUUUUAAUGAAUUAGAUGUUAAAUUACUGACACCUACUUGGCAAAGUGCUAUUUUACCAGAUUCAGCAAAUGGUAAUCAUCUUGAGAAAUAAUUAUUACAGGGAAAGCAUAAAUUCUAAAACAAGAUUUGGAGCAUAUAUUAAAAAUUGUUUGCUCUUAUCAUACUUUAAAUUACAAAGUGGAAUUUGACAUUCCAAUUAUAAUUAGUAUUAUUUGUUUUGUCCCUAUUUCUGUCAUAGACACCUCAAUCAUUUCUUAAACAUGCAAAAAAAAGUAUUCUUCCCAUUUAAUUUUUCAUUCCUUGAAACACUGCUGCAACUUCCUCUGCUUUGCAAGAGUACAUAAAUGCUGGUUUCAAUCGUUUACUAAUUUACAAUCAGAUGACUGUUGAAGUAGGGCAGUAUGAUAAUUCUGUUAUGGUCCUCUUGUGGCACAUUUUACCUGUUCCUUUAUCUGAGUGCUGAAUCCAGCAUCUCUUCCUCCUCUAUCCCAACCCAGCCCUCUCCUAUUUUGAUGUUGUGGCUGUCAUUGAUACCCCAAUAGAAUAAACACCCAAUUGUGUUACAUUUACAUUAUUGGGCUAUUCUUGAUUACAUCUGAUUUAAAAUUCCAAUCUGAAUAAGCAUGUAAUUGAAUCAGCUUUUUGAAAAUAUGGCUGAGAUGUACAGGAUCGUACAAUUUUUAAAAACAUUUCAAUCUUUCUAUACUUCUAGUAAUACUCCUAAAUCCAUAUUUUAUUUAAUUACAUCUCCUAUUUAAAAUUUAAGGAGAAUAUCAGACUUAAACCUAAUGUAUUUUGCCUGGAACAUGUGAAAUUAUCUGAUAGGAGGACCAGACAACAAGUUAAUACUCAGUUCAAACACAGGUGUCACAUGAAUUUGGAACCUGCUGUUGGAAAUUAUUUUUAAGCCACUGCAGUUAACAACUUUUAAAGGGCAUUUUUGUACAAAGCAAUUAUAUGUGGUCUUUUAUAAUUGUGGUUAUUAUUGUUUACAUUGUGAACAUUUGAGCUGUACAUUUUCUUAAAUUAUAGAUGUACCUUGUGUGCUGUUUAUUGCCUUGGCAUUCAGUUUUCAUUCAUUGGUUUGUAAUUGUGAAACUGAUUUUUACACUUUUUUUAAAACCAAUGUACAUUAUGUGACUGCAUGUGUUGUAUGGAUAAAGCUUCAUUCUUUAUUGUUUUUGUAAGAGGGUAGUACAUGUACCAUAGUUCAUAAGUUUUUAAAAAUCCAGUGGUACAUUUUCAUAAACCUUAUGGCACCACCUGUCAAAGUACAAUAAAAAACACGCGUAAAGAAUAUUUGGCACAAGUAAAGACAGUGCCUUCAUACGAAUUUGGCAAACAAAACGUUUGAGGUAAAUUAUUUAGAAACAUAUGAAAAUUUUGCUUUAUUCCACAGCUUCUGUGCAUAUUGUGGUUUACUUCUCACAUGAAGCUUAAUCAGUCCAUUUGACAAUAUGCAGUUUCUGUCUCUGGACCCACUCUUCAUGUAAGGUUGUCACCGUAUGCUAUUUUUCAUUUUGGGGUAUUCCACUGUACAAUAGAUUUUUAUUGCAAGUGUGCUAAGAUGCUUAAUGUGAAGUAAUGCACUGUUGUAUGAAGUACAAUGUUCUUGUUACAAAAUUAAUAAAUUUUUAUUUUGGA